AUGUAUCUUGCCAUUGUCAUCAUCGUGCGCCAGCGCCUUUGGACCUUGACAACCGACACGGGUUACAAACAUUUGCACAUCGCAGUCGAUCUGGUCUCGUUUGCUCUUUCCCGCGCCCUGCUUCAACCUCGACGUGUAGACCUGGACCUGGAUGGACCUGGACCUCACCUCCAUCUUCACCUUCACCUCACCUUCAUCGUCGCCCUCACCCUCGCCCGCUUCACUGCUUCUUCUUCUUCCCUACCUUUACCUCCUGUUCCUCGUCACGCCCUGACAAGCUCACAAAAACCGGGCGAUGACUUGUUGGCCAACUUUAGACAGCAAUUUCCCGAAGUUGCUGCUGUCACCUCAGAGGCGUCUGCACCAACUCUUGUCCAGGCUACGUCUGCCGUCAACCAUCCGAUCAUCACCCUUCCGCCUCAAGAUCAGAGGAACCCAGGUGUUGAAACCGACGUAUUCCGAGACCAAGACCCUACGCCUCGAGCGUCUCAUGAGCCGUGGAGAUUUACGCCCUCUCUCCUGGACCCGAACUCGUACGCCUUUAAUGCCUUUGCCAAUGCCCAGUCUGGAUAUUAUGCGGCAACUCCGGGGGGAAACAACCCGCUCCUCCAAUCGCAGGCGGGAGACUUGCAUACGCCGACAAUGGGAGCCGGCGGUAUAGCCACGCCGCUGUCCAUGCCAAAUCCUGGCGAUGCGGUUCAUGCCGGAGGGACUGUCAUGGACAUGUCCGGCUUCCAGACCCUGCAACCCCAUCAGUUCCAUCACUUCAAUCCAUUUGUUCAUGGAGCAUCGUUUGCGCCAACUUCGUUUGUCCACCAAGACGCCGGCUAUGAAACCAUGGAACAAGAUGGUGUCGUCUUGGAAGCGGCAUCGUCAGAGCAUCGCAUGCCGCCAAUGGUUCCAUCCGCCCUACAACACCAGAAGGCGGUCAAUCGUAUGCAAGUGAGCCACGCGCUACCACCGAAUGCUGAGAAGUUUCGUUUCCACUGCACCUUGAAUGCACCUACAGCCAUGAUCAAACAUGCUGAUGAGAUCCCGAUAACAUACCUCAACAAGGGACAGGCCUAUUCGCUCUCCGUUGCCGAUCCAAGCGGAACCUUUCCAACGCAACCUGGCACCAAGUACAGGACGUUUGUACGAGUUUCAUUCGAGGACGAGGAGCAGAGGCAGAAACCCAAUGUCUGCUGGGGCCUAUGGAAAGAAGGUAGAGGCACUAAUGAGGCCCACCAGAGAGGUGGCAAGCUUCAGGCCGUGGAGUUUGUCGAAGCAGGCCAACCGGCGGAGCCUGACGAUAAAGGAGUGCGCAUCGAGGUAGAAAGCUCAUCUUUUGAUGGGUUUUGCGUCACGUGGACGCCGGGCGCAAACGGCCCUCCCGAAGUCAACCUCGCUGUCAGAUUCAACUUCUUGUCCACGGAUUUUAGCCAUUCAAAAGGUGUCAAGGGAAUUCCCGUACGGCUGUGUGCCAAGACAAGCCUGGUGCCCGCCGAUGGCUCCCUAAAAGAUGCGGAAACGAGUCCUGAGGUUUGCUUUUGCAAAGUCAAACUUUUCCGAGAUCAUGGAGCCGAACGCAAGCUGUCCAACGAUAUCGCCCACGUCAAGAAGUCUAUCGACAAAUUGAAGCAGCAGCUUGCGCAGAUUGAAAGUGGCAUGAAGGACAUGGGGAAGAGAAAGCGGAUCAGCAAUGCUACCAAGGCAAGUGACCCGCAGCGACCUGGGAAGGUGCAGAAGCACAAACGGACCUGGUCCAUGUCGUCGGCGAGCUCUACUGGAGGUGGCGGUAGUCGAAUGACUCUGGAAGAAGACCUGCAAAUCAAGUUGCAGACGCUGCAAGACAUGUUCACGAGCACCAGACCCCUCAGCAUUCUGUAUCUACGAGGCGAGGACUUGGACGAUCCUGACCUACAUCCCGUAUCUCUUCCUGGAGAUAUGUCUCCUCCAAAUAAACUGGAAGUCUCCCGUGAGGGAUCCAAUUGGCAAGUUCGCAGCACAAAGUCUUCGGUAACAGGGUCCAUGAUCUCCCCAUCACCCAGCUCCUUGUCCCUCGUCUCCCAGGCAUCUGGCAUGUGGCAAAACAUGGACAACACUAGUUCAGGAAAGACGUUUGAACAAAUAUCACGAAUAUCUCGAAUUGAUGAUGCUGGUAACUUGAGUGGAUGGAUCGAGGCCCUUGGGGUUGAUCCGUCAUAUCGACCUCCUCCGGAGCAGGCCGAAAAAUCCGUGGCUUGCUUUUAUAUCCAGUAUCGCGACAAAUCGGAGCAAGAGAAGACGAUAUAUCAUCGAGCUAUUUAUCUCAAGAAGCGAACCAUUGAAGAAUUCAAUGGUCGGAUCGCUAGCAAAUGGGGUGUUGAGCCCGCGAAAGUUCUGCGGGCAAUACAUGCAAUCCAGGGAGGUGUGGAGGUGGAAAUGGAUGAUGACGUUAUUCGCGAGCUCAAGGAAGGGCAGGACAUGCAACUGGAAAUUGAGGAGGUAAUCGAGCAGCCUACGGAGACUAAGCGCGAGUGGAAAAUGUCGAUGGACGAGACUGGAGCCGAUGCCGAUGACGUCGCACCUCCUGCCAAGGGCUUCGUGCUUCGGCUAGCCUUUGAAACAACACAGCCCCUCGAUUCCCUCUACCGACCUCGCGCCCCGACGACAUGA